UAACGAGUGCACCUGGAAAGAUGGCGGGAAUUACGGCGCUUUAGAGGUUGUGGUUUUGUUUGUUUGUUUAACUUGCCAUGGUAUUUACAAACUGGUGAGCCAGAACAAAGCUAGGAGACUACUGUGACCACUGUUGUCUAGAUCUUUUGGAUCAUCUGGAUCAGGAGUCCAAACAACAAACCCUGCAAGAAAAAGGAUGGGAGACGUGCUCGAGGAGAUGAGAAAGCAGUGUCUGAGUAGAGGAGCAGCUGGGAUUAAAGGCCUAGCAAGAACCUUCCGCAUCAUGGAUGACGAUGGCAGCAAGUCUCUAAACCUGGAAGAGUUCCAGAAAGGUUUGGAGACCUACGGUUUGUCUGUUGGAAAGGACAAGGUGAAGGAGAUAUUCACGUUGGUGGAUAAGGAUAAAAGUGGCACCAUCGACUUUGAGGAAUUUCUUGAGAAACUAAGGCCCCCUAUGUCUAGUGUCAGAAAGCAGGUGAUAAAACAGGCCUUCCAGAAGCUGGACCGAACCGGUGAUGGCGUUGUAACGGUACAAGACUUACAGGGAGUCUACAACAGCAAGCAUCAUCCCAAGUUCAAAAGCGGCGAGUGGACUGAGGAACAAGUGUUCCGCUCUUUCCUGGACAGCUUCGACUCACCGUACGAGAAAGACGGAAAGGUCACUUUGGACGAGUUUGUGAAUUACUACAGCGGAGUCAGUGCCUCCAUCGACAGUGACGAUUACUUUGUCACCAUGAUGCAAAACGCAUGGAAGCUAUAAUCACAAAAGCUCUCUAAUCUGUUCAUCUUGCUUGAAAUAGUAAUGGAAACAGCAAAUGGUGUUUUUGGUUAAUGCACUUAAAAUUGCAUCUGUGCAAAUGUACUGCAACUCUUUUCCUGUUUCUAACAAACUUAUACCUGCAUUUUGACAAAAAACAAAUACUGAAAAACACUUACUUAAUGAUCCUAAAAUUGUUUCUAUCCAUAUCUCCAAGUGCUGUACAAUAUUUACCAGAUAGAGAUUUACCACUUAUUAUUGAACAACGUUAAAUUGAUGUUCUGUCACCCUCUAGUGGACACACUGAUGCACAUCCAGUUCAGUUAAUUAUUUUGGGGUCAGGUCAACUGGUGAAUUUUUAUGACCCAAUCAAAUUCCCAAAAGUGUGCUGAGCAAUAAAUCAGCACACACUAAGUAACAUUUAAAACUUUAAAUAAAUACACAUUAUUGGUAAAGUUAAAUUGAAAUAUGCAGUGUGCACCCUGCACGAAGGAACCCCAGGUUUUAAUUCAGUCUCCUGCAGUAAUUUUACAAAGCACUUUGAUUUUCAUUGACAAAUCAAAAUAGGUAAAAAGUUAAGAGACCACAUUUGACAUUACACAAAAAAUUUAUUUCAAAGCUUUUCCUUUUUUAAUUUGGAUUUUUUUUUUCUAUUUGUUUUGUAAAGGAGAUUGGAGACAUGUUCUAGUAAAUGAUAAUAUAUUCUUAAAAAUUUACAUGGUUCUGUAUUCACGUUUCUAAAUGCACUCAGUAUUUCACACACAAAAAGAGUCAUCUCCACUGUACUGUCUCCAAUGACAGGGAAAUGGAUAAAAAAAGUUAAUAAAACAAUAAAAAAGGUAACAUGUUACAAACAUUCAGAAUAUGGAAAAUAAACACGGAUAUCUGCAGA